GUGUCCUUCAUGCCCAUUCAUCCUUCGGAUGGAAGCUCCAGGAUACCGAGAGCCAGGCCUGUCCGGGCUCCCCGGCGAUGCUUCGGGGCAGCCCCAGCGGUGCGAACACGGGAGGGGUGGACCCCGGCACUUGGCUCAUGGCUGUGGUGGUGCAGGCAGGACCAGAGCUUGGUGGUGCUCUGCGAGGACCGCGGUGCCAGCCUUUUCGCAUCUUCGAAGACGAUGUUCCAGUGGGCCGCGGACGUGGAGAACUUGAGCAAUCUGCAGGAGGAGCAGACCAAAGAGCUCACGAGGUGGCUGAAGCAGUUUUUUCCGGAGGAGUAUUCCUAUGGCGGCCUUUUCAAGCUCGAUUCUCACAAGGUCCUCGCGUUGGGCGGCACGGUGGAGCACCGCAAAAGGGCUGCUUGCGUGGGGUUCAUGGCUUUGCUGUGCCAAGACCCGUCGAAACUGUCGCCGCAGUGGCGGCGGGUAUGGGACGAGGUCCACGAAAACUGGCAGUGGCUGCCCGAAAAGCGGCUGACGCAUUUUUAUGACCUGGAGAGCCAGGACUUCUGGCGGAACAUCGAGGGUUGGCAUCCGGAGAUCUCCCGGAGCUUCCAAGGUCCACUGACCAUCGCAGAGCUUCGCCGCUGCGAAGCCAUCACCAGCAGUGGCCUGGAGGACAUCCUCCGCUGCUGCCAGCCAGCGCUUCAUGCGAAGCUACGGCGAAGUGGCAACGAAGACGUGGAAAUCGAUCUCACCCACUCGGGCCGGCCGUGGUACCAACUCAUCGCCAACCACCCAGAGAUGGAAGAAAUCGUCGGUCCAGGGAUUGAGCGGUUUUCCAUCGCUGCAAGGUUGAACAAGUUGGAUCCCUACCACCAGGCGCCUGAGGUCUUCUGCGUUGCGGAACGCACAGACCAGAGCACCAGCAUGUUCAGCGAUCUGAAGCAGACGCAUGAGAUGCUGCAGAAGAGGCGAACCGAGAAGGAUGAGACUCUUGCCUUCCGCCUCGCAGCUGGGUGGCAAGUGCGACAGCGGUGGGAGGCCUGCUUGCCCAAUGUGUUCGUCAACCUGAUUGAGGAGUUCAAGCAGUGCCGUGGCCUUCGCGAGGAAGACUUCCGGCGCCCAGCUCCCGGCAUCCACGCGUGGACCUUGCAGGCAGAGUCUCGGAGGGCCUUUCGCGCCUGGCUGGAAGAACGGCGGCCAUGUUCGGAGCUGAAGGAACUCAGGAGGUCGGCGAAUACCCCGGACCUGCAGCAGGCGGUCGACAAAGCGAUUUCGCGGAACGCUGCUACAGAUAGCCCUGACGCAUGCACCCCACUACAAAAGCUGCUUCUGAAGGACAUUCUGAAGGGAGAACUGCAUUCUUUGUGGCGGUUGGAUCCUUCAAGAAAUCCAGAGGCGGAGCGCGACUAUGCAGAAUGCUUGGAUUGGUACUAUACCAGUGAUCCGCGCAUCCGCUUUUCGCACGAUGAGGUGAGCGAUGUCUUCCUUCAUGGAGCACAUCGGGGGCAGCCUGUCGAAGCAACGGUGCAGCAACUGCUCUGCAGGGAAGCCAGCAGCUAUGAAAUCCCCGCCUUGGUUGCGAUGGAAUGGAGUGGCAAGCUCUACAUCAUCUGCGGAAACCGAAGGUUCAAGGCUUUCAAGCAAUGUUACGAAAGAACAGGAUGGGAUGCUAUGUUCAAAAUGAUCGUGCACACAGGGCCAUCCUCACACCCUUGCCGGACUAUCCCGGAUCAGACUCUGAGGAUGCUUUUCUUUUUAAAGGCGCUCCAGGCUAUGAACACAACCUGCGAAGGCAGGAACGCCAGGUUCCGCCUUUGA